AUGACGCUGUUGGCGAAAGUGUAUGUUGUUGAUUUGGCCGCACCAACUAACCCUAAGCGUGGACACCGUCUCGGGACGUUCCUGGCCACGUGGAACAAGAUCAAGGCGGCGACGUUUGAAUCUUCGGAAAGUGCCGAAAAUGGCGCUUCCGCUGACUCUGCCAAGGGCAAAACGCCUGACCAGAAUGGGUCUCUGGCUACGAAUGACGCCAAUGGGCUGUCAGAGAAGAGUGAAACCAAAAAGCCUUCAAAGAUAGUCGAGUUUGGACCUCGGGGCGAAAUGUGUGUUUAUUACCCGGACCAGGGCCUCUUGGAGCUCUGGGAUUGGGUAUCCCCAGAGGGACUGACGUACCGUGGCGACUCGCUCAAUUUGGUGAGAUCUCUUCAAUUGGAUGGGCGUAAAUAUAAUGCAUUGAAGGUGGGAGAGUUCUUUGGCCAAUCUGUCAUUGUCUCGACUUGCCUGAAGUAUCUAUUUUUGCACCAUCAGGUUGGUAAGGAAUGCUCACGCCGCUAUAUUGAGCUUCCAGCGUGUUUCGAGGGCCCCUACUCCAUUAAGCUAUCGCUGAAAUUCAUCACUGUCGCCUCUUCGAAAGGUUACGUUGCCUUGUUUAAAGUCGCCCCAGAUUUAAAGUUUGCCACUUUCCAGCUGCAUAGUCUCCACCAGAAUAUCACUAGACCAAUCGCUUCCAGAGAUGGCAUCACUAUCGAAGAAGAAUUCGUGGUUUUGAAAACUUCUGUCUGUGACAAAACACCUAUUUAUGAUAUUCAGGGCUCUUGGCUCGCCUACUGUCCCACCAAGUGUGAGAUGGACCACCAGAAACACCUACUCCAUUCCAACAGCAACUCAACGAAGAAGAAAAAUUCCCAUCAGAAGUGUCUGUUCACGGAAUUGAAGCUCCCACCUCUGGGUCCUCUCCUCAUGCGUGUCGUUUCCUCCAUAUCAGGCUCGGCCUUGGAUAAGCUUUAUGCCCUUUCGGAGUCUGGCUCAAAGACGUUCCGUGAAUACUGGCUGAAGCCUAAGGGAUCAAAGGGUAACUUCAUGGACAAGGAUGUCUCCUUGCAUUCUAUUAGCACAAACAUUAGCCAGGCGCUCUAUUCUACCGCUAAUAAGAUCAAGAAUCUGGCUCUCGACUCUGGCGAACAUAAAUACAUCCGCAUCAUCAACCUUGACAGCAGCCAAAUUAUUGCCACUUUCAAACCACCCGCUGGCGUUUCCAACCUUUCGCUUAGUCCUUACGACCUCCAACUCGUCCAAGCAAGUCAUAAAGGUGACAACUUCUAUCUCUGGGACUUAUACAGAUUACCAAACGAAGCAUCUCUCGUGGGUAAGUUUAGUCGUGGAAAUACUAGUGCCACUGUCAGGGAAAUCUUUUGGUUUGUCAACACUGAAGAACAGGGCUCCGCUAAUGGAACGAAUUCUGGCUUCGGUUGCAUUUCUAAGAAGAAGGGUUCGCUUCACUGGUACAAUAUCAACUAUUUAUCUUGUGGCAAUGACGCCAAUAACUACCCUAAUAAACUUGGCGGCCUGCUGGGAAGAAAAGGCUUGUCAAACGAUCAAUUCCUAGAUUCGUGGGUGUUGCCGUCUAUUGGAGCUGUCAGUUUCGUCAAGUUGCCCAAGGUUUCCAAUCUACCAUCUAGUUCAGACGACACUACAAACGACGAUAAGAAACUAUUGAAAAUGGAUCAACUAGCAUUCAUCGAUAAGCGAGACCAUAUAAGGCUUGUUUCACCUUUAAACGGAAAGCAUACCUUCAAGUAUGUUCUUCCCAAAGAGGGGGGACCUCCUACUUUCAGCUCAUCCAGCAAGGAGGGUACAAAUUAUCUUCUGUACCUUCUUCCAUUGCCUCGCGCCUCUCAAGUGAUCCUGGAGGAUAAUGAUUCAGAGACGCCCUUGGCGCAGACAGAGAUCGAAACUUGCAACCAGUACUUGAGUAUCAUCAAUGAUAAGCGGUUUGAGCUUGCAACCUACGAAUUGGAUGAAGAGGCUGAUGUCUUUGACUACUUAGCGGACUUUGGGCUGGAUAUCCCCACCAAACGAGUUGAUUUCAGGGGCAAUGUCGACGAACAGCUGCCACUCGUUAGCGGUGAGUUGCUGCCUGAUCUCGACAACGGUUUGGUGAUCAACCCAGAAACUUCCGCCGAGGAAUCAUAG